AUGGUGCCUCGCGUAUUUGUAGAAGACUUGGACGUCGGCACCGUACAGGAAGGAGACGCAUACAAUCCGGUCGCCACCGAAGAUCCCGAAAAGCAUGCCGCUAUUGACAUGUGCAACAAUGUCCUCGAGAGUGGCUGGAAAGAAAUGUAUGGUCUCAAGCGCCGCCAAGUGCAACACCGCGCAACCUGCCAGUUGAUGGAUCGCAACCAUGGGCCCGCCUCUUCGCCGCAACCCCAGCGGCAGCUAGCCGAGUCCCUCCCUGCGAGCACCAGCGAAGGCGGCAGCUCGCUCAUCGCUCAGCUUACAGGCAAUCCCUAUUUCACUGCUGGCUUCGGUCUGGCCGGCCUUGCUACCUUUGGUCGCCUAGCUCAACAGGGCGUCAAGCGCGGUGCUGUUCUCCUCCGCCGUCGCAUGCUCGUCGAAUUGGAAAUCACAAAGAACGACGAUGCCUACCCGUGGUUGCUGCAAUGGAUGUACCAGCGCGGGCACUCGUUAGGAUCGGAGGCUGCUGCUGAAGCUGUGCGUGACACUGCAAGUCGCGGCUUGUUCGAUGCGCUCGCCCGCCGGAUUACUCCCCGAAUGCACCACCUCCAGCUCAACACAAGCACCUACAAGCGUGCCGACGGCGCACAAGUGACUGAUUUUUAUCUUCAACCCGGACAUGGAAAGCACAUCAUGCGGUACAAAAACGCUUGGAUGCUGGUCAAUCGAGAACGCCAGGGCAAUCAUCUGGACACCAAUGGCGAGCCCUUCGAGACGGUCACACUCACGACACUGCAAGCUCACAAGCACGUCUUUGAGCAACUCUUUGCCGAAGCCCACGAGAUGGCACAGCAGAACCAAGAAGGCAAAACACUCGUCCUUGUGCCGGACGCCUUUGACUGGAAGCCUUUCGGGCAACCGAAGCGGAAGCGGCCGCUCGAGUCGGUGGUGCUCGAGGAGGGGGUCAAGGAGCGUCUGGUCCAGGAUCUGCAGGAAUUCAUCCAGAAGCGAGAGUGGUACUUUGACCGGGGAAUUCCGUAUCGAAGGGGCUAUUUGCUGUACGGCCCGCCGGGGACGGGCAAAAGCUCGGUUAUCGAGGCAAUUGCGGGUCACUUAAAUUUCAACAUCGCAAUGCUCAACCUGAGCCAGCGGGGCAUGACCGACGACAGGCUGCAAUUCAUGCUGACCAAGGUACCUCCGCGGACCCUGGUGCUCCUGGAAGAUGCAGACGCGGCAUGGGUGAACCGCAAACAGGCCGAUGGGGACGGGUACUCGGGGGCAUCGGUCACCUUCUCCGGGCUGCUCAACGCGAUGGACGGCGUUGCGAGCGCAGAAGAGCGCAUACUCUUCUUGACGACGAACCAUGUGGAACGUUUGGAUGAGGCUUUGAUUCGGCCCGGGCGAGUGGAUGUCACGGUGCGCAUAGGAGAGGCAACGGAUUGGCAGAUCCAGCAGCUGUUGGAACGGUUUUACGGCGAGGCGGAUCCCGACGGCGCGGGCCGGAGGAGGUUUUUGGCAAAGGCGCGCGAGCUCGGCCUCGUGGGCGCGCUGAGCCCAGCGGAGCUCCAGGGGCUGUUCCUCUACAACAAGGAGGAUCUCGAGGGCGCGAUUGCAAGUUUGGACGAGGUUGCAUUGAUGCACGCGCAUCUGGCGCGCAAGCUGAACUCGGCGGACGAAUGA